AUGGCGCCUCGCCGGAGCGCUGCGGAAGAGGUGGAAGAGGAGGAAUCCGAGACCGAGCUCGUCGCGCUGCAUUUCAACGAGUCGCUGACAUGGCGUCCUGGCAAGCCAAUUCCCCUCGACAAGCUGCUCAAGCAUCUCAACACCCUGUCCAAAGAGCUGGAGGAGCUCGACCAAGAAGUCGUCGACCCAAACUCGUUGACAAAGGUUGCAAAGGAGGUCGCAUCACAUCAAAUACUGAGCCACAAGGACAAGGGUGUACGAGCAUAUGCCGCUUGCUGUGUUGUUGAUAUCCUUAGAUUAUGCGCACCCGAUGCGCCUUUUACCCCCACCCAGAUGAAGGACAUUUUUAACCUUACCGUCACAUCUAUCAUUCCAGCCUUGUUCGACCCUUCGAAUCCAUACAACACACAGCACAAAUAUGUCCUGAGAUCUCUCACCGAAAUCAAGAGUGUCGUUCUUUUGCUUGAUGUGGACGGCAGCGACAGCCUCCUCCUCGCCCUCUUUUCCAAUAUAUUCGACGGUGUAUCAGGGGUCAAGUCAGCUUCGGGAGAGCAAGUGGCAAAGGAUGUCGAGUUUAGCAUGGCCGAAAUGCUCGGGGUGCUGAUAGAUGAGGCCGCCACUCUUCCAGCAAAGGUCGUGGAUAUCAUCAUGGCCCAGUUUUUAAGAGCAGCUGGCCCCGGGGCGGGCAGAAGGAGGCGCGACCAUGUGCAAAUCGACGACAAUCAAGCGACACUCUUGGCCAAGGAUGAGCCCGAGGCUUACCAAAUAGCCAAGAACUUGUGCCAGACAUUCCCCGACAAAAUGGCGAGGUUCGUCAGCCAGUAUUUCAGCGACGUUAUUGUUGACGCUACUUCGUUUGCCGCUAGGCCCGGUGGACAUAAGGGAGCUGAUGACGAGGAUGGCGACGAGGGCCCAUCGGGACCCUCCGAAUCGGAUCUGAAGGAGUUGAGCAAGGCACACGAUUUGAUUCGGGAGUUAUGGAAAGCGGCACCUCAGGUUCUCCAAAAUGUUGUUCCUCAGGUCGAUGCUGAAUUAUCAGCCGACAAUGUGCAUUUACGCCAACUGGCAACGGAGACAUUGGGAGACAUGAUAUCGGGAAUUGGUGCUGCAGGGCCACCACCGCCGCCGGUUCUGGAUCCUGCUGCCUACCCACCACUCAGCAUGGACGCCGAGGAGAAUGUUGAAGUUCAGGGACUGAACACUUUCACCAAGCCACUCUCUGCCAUGUCCUUCCCGCAAACACACAGUCUGGUUUUCCACAAUUUCCUCAGCAGGAAAAACGACAAAGCCUCAGCCAUCAGAGCUGCCUGGACGACGGCAGUAGGAUAUAUUUUGUCAACGUCUGCCGGUGGCAUCGGGCUCAGUCGUGAAGACGAGGCUACCCUGAUCCAAGGCCUUGGAGAGAAGCUCUCAGACAGCGAUGAGAAAGUCAGACUGGCAGCUGUUAAGGCGAUCGAGUCAUUUGGCUUCCGCGAUGUUAUUCUCAAGCUGGGGCCCAACGGGGGCGUGUCCAGAGAGGGAUCCAUUCUGUCAACUCUGGCCGACCGUUGUCGUGACCGAAGACCGGCUGUGAGGGUGGCUGCCAUGUCCUUGUUGGGAAAACUUUGGGCCGUUGGAACUGGGGAACUGCUUGCUGGAAAUGAGGCCGUGACUGCAGCGCUCGACGGUGUUCCAAGCCGCAUCUAUAAUGCAUUUUAUGCCAAUGAUGCCGAGGUCAAUGCCCUGCUGGACCGCGUCAUCUUUGAGUGCCUGAUCCCUCUGAACUACCCGCCAGCAAAGAAGACCUCCAAGUCUGCGAAUGGAAGCUCACAAUCACAGGCUGCUGCCGCCGCCGCCGCGGCGGAUGCUGAUGCUAUCAGAGCAGAGAGGAUAUUGCUUCUUGUGCGAUCUCUCGACCCAAUGGCCAAGAAAGCCUUCUUCGCCUUGCAAGCGAGGCAGCCACAGUUCGCCCAGAUCCUCGAGACAUACAUCAAGCAAUGCGAGCUGUUCAACGGGGGUGUCAUGGAUGACAACGCGGACAAGAAACAGGCCAACCUUCACAAGACGGUCCGGUAUAUCGCGCAGUUCUUGCCAAACUCCCCACAGAGCGUACAAGAUCUGCUGAAAUUCGCCAAGGCCAACGAUCGGCGGAAUCGUGGGCUUGUCAGAUACAUCAUCGGGCAGGAGCAUGAUUUUAAGACAGUCCACAACGCUCUCAAGGAACUCAUCAAGCGGAUUCAGGGUGGGAAGGACUCGACAAUUCACGAGACACUGCUUCCCAUCCUCUACCGAUCUGGCCGCUUCAUCUUCAACCGCAGCCACUUGGCCACCAUCAUGGACUACUCCAAGUCUAACAAGGAUGGCUUGGGCAGCGCUGCACAUGAGGUUUUGAACGAAAUCUCACAACGCAACCCUGAUCUUUUCAAGACACACAUCGGCCAGCUCUGCAAGGAUCUGGUAGAUCAGGCGCCUUACGAGAACCGGGAGAACGACCCAUCUGUUGCGGAAACGUUGAAGGCUUGUUCGACAUAUGCCAGAAAGUAUCCAAAGGAUGUUCCUAUGGACCGGGACUUUGUCCACAGUUUGGUCAGCUUCGCCUUGUAUGGCCAACCGCCAAAGGUGGCCAAGCAUGCCGUGAAUAUCCUGCUGUCGAAACAGGACAGCAAGAGCACUGUGUAUGCUCAGGAUCUUCUUCAGCGCAUUUUCAAGGACUGGACGUAUGGUUCCAAGCACUUUCUCAACAAGCUCUCGGCCGUGAGCCAGCUCGAGCUCCUUGCCCCGAAGGUUGCCCAGGACGCAGAGGAUAAGAUCCUCGAAAUGAUCCAGAAGAUCCUUCUCGAGGUGCGAACGGAGGCCGGCGACAAGGACCCAGAGUGGGUGGACGAUGCUGAGUUAGAGGAGGAGUGCCAAGCCAAGUGUCUGGCGCUCAAGUCUCUGGCAAACAAGCUGAGGAGCAUGGAAGCCGAUGAGGCAAAGGAAAACGGAGCCAAGAUCUGGAAGAUGCUUAUUUCGCUGGUUCACAACAAGGGCGAGAUGACCAAAACCAAAAACACACCAAAGCAUCACAAAUCCCGGCUGCGGCUGCUUGCUGCUCAGCUUAUCCUCAAGCUCUGCAUUCAGAAGCAUUUCGACGAGUUGCUCACCCCUGAAGACUUCAACACGUUGGCCUUAACCACACAGGACGCUGCUCAGGAGGUCCGUCACGGCUUUGUGAGGAAAUUGCAGAAGUAUCUUGCCGAUGACAGGCUGCGGACCCGGUUUUAUACCAUGAUUUUCUCGAUGGCCUUUGAGCCCAACGCGGAGUUCAAGUUGAGGACCGAGACUUGGGUUCGGUCAAGAGCGCGGCAUUAUGAGGGCACACACCAGCAUGUGCUCGAGGCUGUUCUCCCCCGUCUCUUCUCGCUCCUUGCGCAUCAUCCGGACUAUAGCUCUGAUCCGGAUGAGCUGGUUGAUCACGCGAGGUAUAUUCUCUUUUACGUCAGCUUGGUUGCCACUGAGUCCAAUUUGGGGUUGCUGUCCAAGUAUGCGGAGCGUGCGAAGCAAACCCAGGAUGCGCUUAAUCCGAAGAGCAGCGGCCAUCGGGUCUUGUGUGACUUGACUCAAGCAGUCAUUCGCAAAUGGCAGGAGAAGAAGAACUGGACGUUUAAUGCCUGGCCUGACAAGGUUGGGCUGCCGAAGGGGCUGUAUGGUCCUCUCAAGUCGCACACGGAGGCGCAGGAGAUUUCGGAGAAGGUGCUGGUGCCGGAUGAGAUUGAUGAGAAGUUGGAUGAUUUGCUUAGGGCGAUGGAUCGCAAGAAGAAGCGCAAAUCAACCACUGAUGGCAGCGCUGAAUCCCGUCCAGCAGCCAAGAAAUCCCGAGUCCAACCCAAAGAGCCCAGGAUCAAAGAAGCACGGAAAAUUGCCACGCCCAAACCCAAGAAGCCCUCCAAGCCGAAAAAGGCACCAUCCUCCCCCAAGAGCUCGGCAAUUUCAGAUGCCAAUAGGCGUCGCUCGGGAAGGUCAAUGGCAAAGGGCAAUCAGUCCUACAUGGAGCGGGACUCGUCAGAAGAUGAUGAGGAAAUGCUGGAUGGGGUGGCGGAGUGGGCAUAUGAGAAUGGCGAGGAGGAUAAGGAGGCGGGGUCGGAUGAGGAAGUAGAGACCGGGAAUGAAGGGGAGAAGGGGGAUGAUGAGAACAGCAGUGAACUUUCUGAACCUGAGGAAGUGGAAGAGGAUGAGGAAGAGGGCGAUGUGGAAAUGACGGAUGAGAAGACAGCCGAAGAAGAGAUGGAAGAAGAGCAGGAGGUUGAGGCGGAUGAUGAAAAGGAAGAGGAGGCAGAGGUGGAGGUUGAAGAAGAGGAGGAGGAAGAAGUACCACCGCCGGCAAAGGCUAAUGGAAGGAAGGGGAGGUCAGCUGCUGCUGCCACAAAGGAAAAGGAAAAGACGAAACCAGCUGCGAAGGAAAAGGCGCCGGCUGCGGCAAAGAAGCAGACUACAUUGCCGACGAGGACGUCUGGAAGGGCGACGAGGGGGAGGGCUGCUGCUGCUUAG